AUGAUGGGCAGCAAGAUGGCGUCUGCCAGCAGGGUCGUUCAAGUAGUCAAGCCACAUACUCCAUUAAUAAGAUUCCCUGACAGAAGAGACAAUCCUAAACCUAACGUAUCAGAAGUUUUGAGAUCAGCAGGACUACCAUCUCACUCUUCUUCAAUUUCACAGCAUUCUAAGGGAAGUAAAUCACCAGAUUUGCUGAUGCAUCAGGGUCCACCAGACACUGCAGAAAUAAUAAAAACAUUACCUCAGAAAUACAGAAGGAAACUUGUAUCUCAAGAAGAAAUUGAAUUUAUCCAACGUGGAGGUCCGGAAUAAUCACUGACAGUGUGGCUGCUAUUUGUCAUCAGACAAAAAAAUAGUCUUUACAAUAAAGACUGUCCAAAAAUCCAAAAUGGCACAUGAGAAAUUAUAUAGCAAACAACUUGAAUACUCUCCAAAAAGAAAAAAAAUGAAAUAUAGAAAAUUUAGAUGGACAGUUGUAUCUUCUAAUAUAUGUAUCUUGGUCAGCUUCUGCAAAAGCUUACCUAAUUGUUUAUAUGCUUAUUAAAGUAUACAUUUUUAAAUGUUA